AGCUCGUACUUCCGCUUCCGGGUAGAGUCUCAGUCAGCCCUCUCUAAAAUGGAUCUGAUGGGCUGUUGAUUAUGUUAGCUCUCACACGUGUUAGAUUACUUGCGUAUUUUUGCGAGAGAGCUCAUUUGCAUCGGCGUUUGAACUGAAGCGCGGUUUGAGUUCUGCUCGGUUUUGGAGGGCUAAUUUCUGACUGGUUACGGGUCAGGGAACGCAUGCCUUAAAGUCCCGCAGCAUCUCUUGUGUUAGCAAUCGGUCAGCUAGCCGGCUAAAAGUACCGGGUAGCCAAAUAGCGCGGCUUUAGCCAGGUUUGGUCGCUUUCACUUUGCUAGCAGUAGAGAUCAGAGGGAAAUGUGUGAAAGAUCCGUUCUACACGGACACACAACACGCCUUUGAGACUUUUUAAUACUCUCUUUCGUCACCCUCUAAAGGGUUCUCUUAUUAUUAUUUUUAACAUUAUCCCGAUUGGCGGCUACAGGACAGCAUGGGGGCGUACCUAUCGAAGCCCAACACGGAAAAAAACACAGCCGACGGAGGGAACCAGAAACUGAGCUACGGACUGGCGGCCAUGCAGGGAUGGCGUGUUUCAAUGGAGGACGCUCACAAUUGUAUCCCAGAGCUGGAUGAAGAGACGGCAAUGUUCGCCGUUUAUGACGGACAUGGAGGUGAAGAAGUUGCUUUGUACUGCUCCAAAUAUUUACCAGACAUCAUAAAACAGCAGAAAGCAUAUAAAGAUGGCAAACUGCAAAAGGCUCUGGAAGAUGCUUUCCUGGCUAUAGACAGCCAAAUCACCUCAGAGGAGGUUAUCAAAGAGCUUAUUCAGAUAGCUGGCCGCCCACAAGAGGAGGCAGCACCAGAAAAAGUUGCAGAUGAAGAUGAUGUGGAUAAUGAGGAAACAGCUCUUCUGCAUGAAGAGGCCACAAUGACAAUUGAGGAGCUGCUUGUCCGCUAUGGACAGAACCUGAAUAAAUCAGGCAAAAAGCUUGGACAGGAUGCCACCAAAGAGCCGGAAGACCGAGAUAACGUCCAUACAGAUAAUAAAGGGAUCAACGGUGAGACAGAAUGUGGGGCAUCUGAAACGGACAGCAAUGGAAAAGCAAAGCUGGAAGAGACAGCUGGAGGCUCCAAAAUGAGGGCAUGCAGGAGAGCUACAGCCUCCUGUGGGGGGAGCUCUGCAGCUGGAGGCUCCUCUGAUGGGGAGAAAGCUGGAGCCACAGCAGACGCAGGACCUUCUUGUUCCUCCUCCGCAGCACCCACACCAGGAAGUGCCAAAUCCAAGUUCUUUGAGGACAGUGACGAGUCAGACGAAGGGGAGGAUGAAGAAGAGGGCAGUGAUGAAGAGGAUGGCAGUGAGCAGGAGGCUGGGGACAGCAGUGAAAAUGAAGAGGAUGACACAGAAGAGGAAGAAGAGGAGGAGGAAGAGGACACUGAUGAAGAAGAAGAAGAAAUGUGUUUGCCAGGGAUGGAUGGGAAAGAAGAGCCUGGCUCAGACAGUGGGACUACAGCUGUAGUGGCUCUCAUUCGCGGUAAACAGCUAAUAGUAGCCAAUGCUGGAGACUCUCGCUGUGUCAUCUCGGAGAGAGGCAAAGCAGUGGACAUGUCCUAUGAUCACAAACCAGAAGAUGAACUGGAGCUGGCCAGAAUAAAGAACGCAGGAGGCAAAGUAACCAUGGACGGCCGUGUCAAUGGAGGACUAAACCUUUCCAGGGCUAUUGGGGACCACUUUUACAAGAGGAAUAAGAACCUUCCACCUGAAGAGCAGAUGAUUUCUGCUUUACCAGAUGUCAAAGUACUGACUCUCAAUGAAGAGCAUGAAUUCAUGGUGGUUGCUUGUGAUGGAAUCUGGAAUGUGAUGAGCAGCCAGGAGGUUGUGGACUUUGUAAAUGAGAGAAUGAAAGCAGAAGGAAGUGAGACAAAGCCACUGUCUGCUGUUAUUCAAGAGCUGCUUGACCACUGCUUGGCACCAGACACAUCUGGGGAUGGCACAGGCUGUGACAACAUGACUUGUAUGAUUGUCAGUUUCAGACCCUUCACUGGUAAAAGCGAGGAUGAGAACACAAAGAAACGCAAGGCCGAGGAGCAGGUGUCUGAGGAGAAUGGCAACGACAGCAAAAAAUCCAAAACGGAAUAGAGCCACCAUCAGUGGUCCCUAUAUUCUCUUACUGCUCUUCUGAUGAAGUCCAAUCAGACACUGUUUUUCUCGCAACACAACUCUACUAGACUUUUUUUUAUGGAUGACACCCCAAGAAAAUGUUUUAGUUUGAAAUAAUUUGAAGGUGCAAGAAAAUUGAACUGUACACCAGCCAUCUGUCCUCAUUUUUUGUAAAGAAUUUGUUUAGAGGCCCUCAGCAACCUGACCACACGAAUGAGUGCAGCUGUCCCUCAAAAGACCGUACUCGCAUCAAGUAAAAUUUGUGAACUUUUAUGUGCUGAUAUCCUUGUACAUAAUUUUUCCAGGAACUUGCCAUAAUUUUGUUUUGCAUUGUAUCUGUGUCGCUCUGAACACCCAUGUAACUGUAUUCAAAUACAUUUUUUUGUAAAUUGUGAUUGAUGCAAUUGUUUUAAAUUUUUGGAGGUAAAAACAGAUUUUCAAGCCAUUUAACUUUCCUGAUAAGAAGGGAUAUCAUCAAAGAAAUCUAAAUUUGAAAUGUUACUAUCAUUCCUUUAUUUUCAGUAUGUUAACAAGUAAUGACUAUUUUGUCUGUCCUCUUGAGGCUCCAAUUGUAUUGAGUGUUUUGUUUUUUUGUUUUUGUUUUUUUAAGUUGCUGAGCAGAAGUGCAACCAACAUGAAAUGAACGAGUGUCUUGAUGUCUGCAGAGGUUCAGUAGUGCAACUGUAAAGUUGGAGCCCUCAGUGAGAGCUAGUCAUCUGUACAUAUGUACUCUGUAUCCGUCAUGCAGCUCAAAUAAGGUUUCUAUACAAGGUAUUUUGGAAAAUAUAUUUUGGUACUUUUUAGCAUCUUUGGGAAUUCUCUGAGACAGCGAACAUUGCUUAGGAUGACAUUUUCCUGAAACAAUAAACAAGUGGAGGCAAACUA